UUUUUUUUUUUUUUUUUUUACUUUUUUUUUUUUAUUAACCGAGUAUUUCUUAUAUACAUUUCAAGUGUUAUUCCCUUUCCCGGUUUCCGGGCAAACAUCCCCCUCCCCCCUCCCCUUCCUUAUGGGUGUUCCCCUCCCAACCCUCCCCCCAUUGCCGCCCUCCCCCCAUAGUCUAGUUCACUGGGGGUUCAGUCUUAGCAGGACCCAGGGCUUCCCCUAAGAUGAAGCCCUUUUAAUGCCUGUCAAAUCAACUCAUUUCCACAGUCUGCUCAUUCUGAUAUUUUAAGCAUGGGGAAAGUAGGUGUCAGUUUUGAUGGGAGCUUGAGUCAGAUUUUGGUCAAUUUUAGUUGCUUUGAACCUGUCAUUGAUUUCGCUCCUAAAAUUAAAAAAACCUCUACUUUAUUAUUCUGUAAAAAAGUUAAGGGUCUUUCGUUUAGAGCAGUGGUUCUCAACCUGUGACAGAUCACAGGUUGUGAUUUGACCCUUUUGUGAUUUGACCAACCUUUUCUUAGAGUCAUUUUUGUUCAUCAGAAAACAUAGAUAUUUACAUUGCAGUUCAUAACAGCAGCAAAAUCACACUUAGGAAGUAGCAACGAGAACAGUUUUAUGGUAGAGGUCACCACCACAUGAGAAACUGUGUUGAAGGGUCACAGCCUUAGUAAGGUUGAGAACUGCUCUACCUUACUAAAACACUGCAGGUCAGAUGGGCAGUUAGUCUGGUUCGUGCUGACAGACAGCCCUGUGUGGAUUUGGAGGCACUGUACUCUCAUCUUUCUGAAUGUCUCAUGUGUCAAAGGAGACCCUUUUGUUAGGUAGAGUUUUGUUUUCUCAGUUUGAAGCACCCAUGACCAGUAAGUAGAAUACUUACUCUCCAGUAUAAACCAGAUGGUUGCCUUUCUGUUUCAAGGGUACAGAACCAGAUUAAAGGUCACUUAGAGGUGAGGCAGCCCUGGCCAGCGAGCUCAGAGGUUGGAGAACCUUGGUUGAAGAUCCUUGCUCUUGCUCUGCCUGUGCCCCUGGCCAGGCUUCCGGCCGCACCCAGGCCCCAAGAUGAAAGUCCUCCGAGUGGGCUUCCGAAGGGAAGCUCUUGCCUGAACCUGUCUGCACUUCAUCCACAGCCACAGCGUGGUUGUCUGUCUAAUUAUUGUUGCUUAGUUUCAGUUGUAAAGAUAGAGGCCUGGGGGAGGUGGAGAAACAUUUAGAGAUGCUCAAGAAGUGAAUCCCACAUCCUUUCACUGCUGGCAAUGCUGUUUUUGCUUCUUUUGCCCCAGGAGAUGGGGUGGGGGAGGAGUGGGGCUUUUACUAGGUUAUCGUUCAGGGAGGGUGAUGCCAGUCUUCCUGCCUGGUUGACUGUGACUUGUAGCAUGGGUUGGGACAGCACCUUCCUGCUCGCUGUGCACUAGAAUGUAGCCCUUUUUUCUUAGAGGUGGUCUGUAAGGCCCCUGUUGUCCUUGGUGCUGUUGCCGUGAAGGGUGUGUUGAGAACCUUCCUGGCAACGUCACUGGCCUAGUUUCCAGGAGCUGGGCCAGCGAGUAGUAGUCACUGCUCUGCUCACGCAGCACAGGACUUCAGAGGUCAUGGGCAUGAGGGCAGGCCGUGAAGGAGCGCCAGAGUGCGUGAUAGGCACUGCAAUGGGAAGGGGAACCGUCCUGGAGGAGCUGGUGCUGGGACUGCUUUGGAGAAGGGGAGGUGGGGUGGCGGAGGGGGUAGUCAGUGAACGUAGCAAGUGCAUUGCAGGCAGAGGGAGGCUGAAGCUGUCGGUCUGUCGUGGGCUUGGCAAAGGUGGAGGGAGGAGACCUAAGUGGCACUCUGUGUGUAGUGGACAUACUGCAGGAGUCUUUGGGACUUUAGAGAUAGCUGAAUCUGAAUGGAGCUGAGACUGAGUACCUGAUGGGAGGUGAUGCCAGGAGCUGACUGUGAAGAGGGCCAACAGUGACUUCUUGGGCACAGGCCUGCUGAGGGGCUGGAGCGAGCAGAUAUCUGAAAGGAGGCUGAGGAAAAGGCACAUCACUCUUCAAGCAACUAGAGGGAGUGAGAGGGAGAGGAAGGGCACCGGAACACGCUCAGUAAGCAGGAGGUGGUGCAGGAUGGGAAACACGUUUGCUUUUAGUUUGUAGUCCAGGUGGCCUUGAACCCCCUCUGUAGCCGGGAGUAAUCUUGAGCCUCAGGCUCUUUGUCCUAAGUGCUAGAGUUACAGGUGAGUACCACUCCACCUGGUCUGUGUGGUGCUGGGAUAGAACCUAGGGCUUUGUGUACGUUAGGCAAACACACUAGCCACUGAGCCGCAGCCCCCACCCAUGAUAGAAUUAAAAAUACCCAUUUGGUAGUUACUCCAGGCUAGUCUUGAGUUAAACAGUGUUCCUUUGUGCUGGGCAGUGACCCUCCCGUAGGAGUGGGCUCAGAUUUCAUUUCUCCUCCUGUGUCCUGUGUGUGGCAGCUGCAGACUGCAUGCGCUUUAGGAAUCUGUUCAGUAUAAGUUGCUUUCUUUUGAGUGCUGAGACCCUGAAACAUAAUCUCCAUCAGCCCUAAUACUGAAAGCAGGAGCACGUGCUGAGUGUUAGCAAAUUCUGUUGGUUUCAGCACUGAGCAGGCACCCUCAUCAUGUAAAGUCAUGGCAGUCAUGACCCUCCAUUCUGGAGUCCCUCACACACUAACAGCUUUCCUUUGUCACUGUUCACUGACCAUCCCAGGCAUUCAGGCUUGAGAUCAUAAGAUUCUCUCUCUCUUCUCUCUCUUCCUGCCCCCCCCCCCCCCCACAUCUUCAGAAGGCCAUUUACCCACCUCCUCUGAGAUAGAGGCUCUCUCAUUGGCCUGGAGCUCACCAAUUAGGCUAGGCUGGCUGGCUAGUGAGCCCCAAAGAUUUGCCCGCCUCUGCCUCCCAGCCCUAGGAUUCCAAGUGCAGCACUUUUAUGUGGGGUCUGUGGAUCCAUCUGAGGCCCUCAUGCUUCAAUACAAGCACUUAUAGCAGAGCUGUCUCAGACUCCCUCUCUCAGUUUUGUUCAUUUGUUUUGUUUUGUUUGUUUUUUGAGACAGGGUUUCUCUGUGUAGCCCUGCCUGUCCCGGAACUAGCUCCAUAGACUAGGCUGGCCUUGAACUCACAGAGAUCUACCUGCCUCUGACUCCUGAAUGCUGGGAUUAAAGGUGUGCACCACCACCACCCAGAAAAUUAAUAUUUUAUUACUAUAUAUGGUGUUUUGUGUACAUGUAUGUGGAGGCCAGAAGAAGGAGACAGAUCGCCUGGGACCUGUGACUGGAGUUACAGAUGGUUGUGAGCUGCCAUGCAGGCGCUGAACCUGGGUGUUUUAGAGGAGCAGCCACAGCCACUGCUCUUAACCCCUGAGCUAGUUCUCUAGCCCUUCUGUGUGUGUGUGGUCUAAACUAUUUUCUCUUUAUCCACUUGUCUGUAUAGCCAAUUUAAAGAAACAAACAAAUCUCUCUUCCCUGUAGUAGAGUACUUGUUUUGAGAACUUAGCAAUACAGGCCCUACUUUCACAAAGCUGGUAGCAGAGGGCUGUGGUGACCUGGAUGUUUUCAGGACUGUUGGAGCUCUGGGAUGGUAGCAGGGCACGGCUGUGGGGCCUGCAGGCACUGUUUCCAUCUUGCUCUAGGUCAAGGGGAAAUAUUCCUGGUCAGGGGCCACUCCACCAGCUUCCACUUCAGUAAACUGCUGGCACUUUGCACUUGUUGUUUAACCCCUACUGUGAGGGAUGGAUUGUUGUCAGCAAAGUGACAGGGCUCCCCUCCUCUUCUUCCUCCUCUUCUUCCUUCCUCUUCCUCUCCUCCUCUUCUCCUCUUCCUUCCCACUCCUCUUCCCCUGCUCCUCCUGCUUCCCCUUGCUUCUCCCCGUGCCAUUUCUCCUUUUCCUCCUGGCAUCCCCAGGACCUUGCUUUCUCAAACUCGAGCUGCUCUUCCAGCCAGCGAACUCUGUCCUUGGCUCCUUCCUACUGCCCUACCCUACCUGCUAGUACACGUGUUAUGCAAUCUCCUAUUUCUAUAUACCUUUUAAUCCACAUUUUAUGAACUUUUUGUCUUUGCCCCGUAGUUGAGCAUAGUUCCACGUCUCGGCGUGGCCUGUGCUGCAGGCUACUGAGUCAUUUAUAUUGAAAGAGUUGUUGUGACUCUUAGGGUUGUGGUGUUUCUGUCGCCUAAGCUUUCUGGGUAGUAGUAAUUUGAUAAAGUCCAUGUCCUCUCACUGUCUCUGGAGAACAGCUUAGCUCAUAGUAGCAGGGUCACGCAUCCUAGCCUGGUCUUUGAUUUCCUCGAGCCCAGGUUGGUGGUUGGGUAGCCAGAACACAGGAGAGAUGCAGCUGCCUAGGUCUGCAUUGGGGAUCCUGCCUCUAGCAUGUCUGAGCGCACUGCCUCACAGCCACCUAGAGCUUGUCAAAGCUGAAGAGAGGCUGCCGGUGGGAAGUCCACAUUCAGUGGAGGAACAGAACAGAGCUAGGAAGUCCGCAGCCUGUGUCCCUGACUGAGUGCUCUCCAGAGAAGAAACAGGUUUCAGUCAGGGUGGUCCACAGCCCACAGAGCUCAAACAUUGCAGGUUAAGAGUGAACAUGGGGGUUUGGGGAUUUACCUCAGUGGUAGAGCGCUUGCCUAGGAAGCGCAAGGCCCUGGGUUCAGUCCCCAGCUCCGGAAAAAAAAAACAAAAACAAAAACAAAAACAAAAAAAAAAAAAAACAAAAACAAAAAAAGAGUGAACAUGGGGCUCAGGUUCUGACUGUCUUUGAGGGACUUCUGCAAAAUAAGGUCUGUGUUACCAGGCACCCUAAGUGCGGCUGUGGGUCUCAGGAGCAUAUCCAGGUGCCCUGGAAAUGCUGGCGGCAUCUUAUUCUGAUGCCUCCUGGUGGACUGCCACUCUGGUAAGGUGACUCCUGGCAACUGGACUGGGUGGACAGAGCUUUGGAGACCCUUCUGGAACUGUAACAGCCACCUCCUGCUACACUGAUUUCUUCUUUCUGUGGUUUCUAACCACCACCCAGAUAUCUUACAGGUUCUCUGUCUGCUCAGAUUGCAGUCACAAAGAGUGGAGGAGGUGUGAUUCCUCGAGGAUUGACUGCGAGGCUUAGGCUGGGGAGGUUUCUGGGUACAGUAUAGCGGAGGCUCUGGCCUCGCGUCCUAGUCUCUCCCUCCACAGGAAGCCGCACUUUAGGAGUGCACCGCAGGGCAGCAGGAAGGCUCCUCUGUGUCUGCGGUGUCUCACAGGGGCCCAGGGGUUCCUGCUGCAGUGACUUCUGACCCUGUUAGUCCCACUCAAUGGACAGGACUUCCUUUCUUGUUAUCUGAUCCAACCUACAUGCUUAGCAAGGCUCUGCACACUGGCUCUACGUUUGUUGACUGAAUCCUACAAUCUGAUUCAACACAGGACCUAAAGUCAUAGGACUGCUCUUAGCAGUUGUGAGCCCCACUUGGAAGCUGAGCCCUUGUAGCCCAUGCAUGGGACUUGCUUUCUUCUUUUGUAGGCCUUUGUGGUUGCCUGCGGUUGUUUGUGGGUGGGGUUCCUGGUGCAGCUACUGUGGAGUCAAGUCUCUCACUGUUGGCCUGUUUGCAAAGUGUGGAGACAUUUUAUGCCUUUGUUUAUUUUUUUCCUUUUCUUUCUUUUUUCUUUUUUUUUUUUUUGGACAGGCUCUAACACUGUAGCUUCUGCUUAGCCUGAAAGUUGUUAUGUAGACCAGGGGUGGUCUUGAACUCACAGAGAUCUGACUCCCUUUGCCUUCUGAGUGCUGAGAUUAAACGUGUGUGUCCCCAGAUCACUUUGUGCCUUUGAGAUUUCAGUACAAUUUAUUUUUUUUAAAGAAUUAUUUAUUUCAUAUACAGUACACUGUAGCUGUCUUCAGACACACCAGAAGAGGGCCUCAGAUCUCAUUACAGAUGGUUGUGAGCCACCAUGUAGUUGCUGGGAGUCCAACUCAGGACCUCUGGAAGAGCAGUCAGUGCUCUUAACCGCUGAGCCAUCUCUCCAGCCCCCACAAUUUAUUUUUUUUCUUUUUUCUUUUUCUUUUUUUUUUUUUUUUUUUGGAGCUGGGGACCGAACCCAGGGCCUUGCGCUUGGUAGGCAAGUGCUCUACCACUGAGCUAAAUCCCCAACCCCCACAAUUUAUUUUUAAAAUGGAUAUUCUCUUUGAAAGAAAUGUAAUUAUUCUAUAAAGAUGAGAGUCCAAUGUAUUAUUUUAAAGGGGCUAAUAUAACUUAUAGGAAGGUGGAUUAAUUUAGGAAACAUCAAGUUUAAUCCCUUAAAAAAUUAUUAAAAAUUAAUAGGUAAGUGUUUGAGUGUUUGGUUUCUAAAACCUCACGAACACAGCCUGGGAGACAGACAGCUGGCAGAGUACUACUUUACCUUGGGGUCUUUAGGAUGUGUAGAAAGAAAAAGAAGAUACCCCAUGUGUUAGCUUCUCGCUGCUGCUGUCAAAAGUGAUGAAAGUGACCUGCUGUCCUACGGCUUUGGAGGCGGAAGUCUAGUCAAAUGGGAUAAAACAGCAACCCAGCAUGUCCUGGUCUUCUCUCCUCGAGAGGCUAGUACCAGGUAAAAGCCACAGCUCACUGGCUCUUAGCCCUUCCCCCACUUCAGAGCCUGCAGUGGCAAGCGGAGUCUUUCUCACAUCCCACAAUGACACAGACUCCUCGUCUUCGUUGUCAUCGUCGUCGUCGUCAUUGUCUCUCUUCCCCUUUUAUGAGACUGGUGCCCACCUAGACGAUUGAAGAUCACUUCCCUUUUCUGUGAGCAGUGUCAAGUCUCCCUGCUGCCUUUGUAGGCUCCAGGGAUUAGGAUGUGGACACCUGUGGGUGUUGUUCUGUUUGCCUGUGUGUCCUGGUGUUUUUACCCUGGGUGUUACCUAAGGACAGGCAGCACCACGGGGACACUGAGUGUUGUUGGGGACUGAUCUUGUCUAAUUUCUGUUUUUCUGGUUUUUUGGUUUUUUUCUUUUCUUUUUUUCAGAGCUGGGGACCGAACCCAGGGCCUUGCACUUGCUAGGCAAGCGCUCUACCACUGAGCUAAAUCCCCAACCUCUUGUCUAAUUUCUAAUUAGACAUGUCUCCCUUUAGAGACAUGCUUGCAAUUCAAGGAAGGGCAGCUGUGAUCCUUACAACCUGCACUCUGCUCUCGGCUCCUCAGAGUACAGGGUCAGAGGCCGUGUUGUUGCUGCCUCUUCCAGAGUAGUUAAUUCUCUUCUGGUUUAAGGUAGCGGAAGUGCAUCUGAACAAUGGGCUUGAUAGGAAAGGAAUUCCUUCUUCUGGAAGGAACUAUUGGUAGAACAUUGUUUGGUGAUUGUUUCCUCAGAUGUCUGUCCCCACACCCCGUGGGCACAUUGGAGGGGAGGCAGGGAAGUGCUGUUGGUCUUUUGUGGGUUGUGUUAAAGGCUCACUGAGUUUAAUUUAUGCUCUGAAUAGAUGCAAGGACAAGUUUCUGCUUAAAUAAUGUUGUCCUCCCCUUUCUGGCCAUGUGUUAGCCUUCUAUUUUCUUUUCUGUUUUCUUUUUUUAAAGAUUUACUUAUAUAUUUCAUGUAUGUGAGUACACUGUUGCUGUCUUCAGACACACCAGAAGAGGGGGUCAGAUCCCCAUUACAGAUGGCUACCAUGUGGUUGCUGGGAUUUGAACUCAGGACCUUGGAAGAGCAGUCAGUGUUCUUAACCUCUGAGCCACCUCUCCAGCCCCCAUUCUCUUAAACACACAAACGUGAGUGCACAGCAUUGUAAUACGGGGAGUUUAAACAUGUGUCUUUAAAAGGUCUGUAGCAAACCUUCAAAAGUCAAUGGAGAAUGCGGUUCACAGCAAUGCGGUUCUGAAAGGGCACUAGUUCAAUGGAGAAAUGUGGUUCACAGCAAUGCGGUUCUGAAAGGGCACUAGUCGGUUUGAGGGAGUCCCAGGGGGUUUAGUUUCUUAUGUUAUCAGAGUCCUAGGUCAGCUGGUUUCCAUACCAAAACAGGUCAGGAAAGGAGAAGGAAAGGGGCAGAUCCUAGGAGAACUUGUCUCCCUUGACAAGAAAACAAUGGCCUCAGUAGUUGGAUUCAAAAGUAGGAAGUACUCAAGCAUGCCGGGAUAUAUACCUGGAAUGGCCAUCCAGGGUUAGCCCAGGUUCAUACUGGAGAGGGUUAGGCAUGCCUGCCUGUGUAUUCUGGAGCAUGUAUGGAGCAGGAAGCAAUCCAUAAAGUUCCACCUAUUCAGAACAUGAACACAGCCACUCAUGCUGGCGUCUUGAACUCAAACAUUUCUCUUCUUUAAAAUAUACUAGGUUCUGGGUGUGGUAUUGACACUUGAAUCCCAGCACUUGGGAAGCAGAAGCAGGUGCAUCUCUCUGAGUUCAAGGCCAACCUGGUCUACAAUGUGAGUUCUGGGACAGCCAAGGGCUAUACCACAGAGAAACUGUCUUGAAAAACAAAUAAAACAGAGUGUGUGUGUGUGUGUGUGUGUGUGUGUGUGUGUGUGUGUGUGUGUGUGUAAAUCAGAGUAUAUGAUUCUUUAAAAAUAUAGCCAGGUAUGGUGGCACAUACUUUUAAUGCCCCCAUAUGGGAGACAGGGGCAGGUGGAUGUCUCUGAGUUCCAGAACAGUCUCGUAUAUAUGGCAAGUUUCAGGACAACUAUGGCUGCAUAGAGAGAGACCCUGCCUCAAAAAACAAAACAAAAACAGGGAAGGGCAGCAGUGUAGGUGCUGGAGAGAUAGCUCAAGGAUCAAAAGCACACACUGCUUUUGCAAAGGACCCAAGUUUGGUUCCAGCACCCACAUCUGGCAGGUUACAGCUUCCUGUAACUCCAGCUCUAGUGGGCAUCAUAGCUUCUUCUGGCCUCCUUGGGUACCCAUGCUCAUGUGCACAUAGCCAUACACAAGUACACUCAUAUACACAUAGUUAAAAAUAAAUAUAUAUAUUUUAAAAAACAAUUCAUCCUGGCUUUCUUUUUUUUCUUUUCUUUUUUUCAGAGCUGGGGACUGAACCCAGGGCCUUGCGCUUGCUAGGCAAGCUCUCUAUCACUGAGCUAAAUUCCCAAUUCCUCAUCCUGGCUUUCUAAUUUACUCAUAUGAACCAAGUUACCUCAGGCUGGGACCUAGGAAUGACUGAACACACACAAAUACACAUGGAUAUAAAUACAUGUGUAUAGUUAUACUUAUUUUUAAGGCUUGAAAUGUUGGGGACUCUGGAUAUAGACCACCUGGCUCCAGGAACCUCAGAAUAUUCUCCGGAAGGCCCUGUGGCCAGCGGGCACAGGCUGGCGAUGGCGUGGGCUGGCCAGCACAGUGGUUGCCUUCAUUGCCCACGUAGACUGUAUUGAAUGAGGCAGGCAGGCGUUUGUACCAAUGAUGUUGCACGGUGCUGGCUGCACGGCUCCAGCUGUGAGCUCUCCAGGCUGAUUUCUGUGGUUCUGCUCUGGGCCAUUCAGAAUUCCCCGGAGAGAGCUUUAAGUUUUCAGAGGUUCUUAAGAAGAGAUUCAGCAGAUCAAAGAAGUAAAAACUACCCAAGCCUGGCUGUCUUUACCCCGCUAUUAUCAUCACCAAGUCUAACUGCCCACCUCCUCUGGCUUCCUCAGAGCCUCUGUGGUUUUCUGUGUUGUCUCUUUGAAGAGACUGACUCCCCAUAUGCAACUGCUGUUGCUGGGCAGCCCCUGCCGCGUGCCAGCUGUGCUAGGCAAGGGCCCUGGUCUCGCAGCAGAGGCCACGUGCCCCCAGGGCCCUCUGCUUGUCCUAUUGGGUAGUGAAGGGCUUGAUACUGGUGCCAGGCACAGAGACCCUCAGAGAACUGAGGCCAGAUAGUUUGCCCUGAGGGUCUUCUGGAGGGCUGUUUGUCUUUCUGUGGGGUAGGCACAUGGAUGUCUCACUUGGCAACAAUUGUGCCCUUUUACUUUCUUUCUUCUUCUUUUUUUAAAAUUUAUUUAUUUUUAUAUAGGUACACUGUAGCUGUCUUCAGACACACCAGAUUACAGAUGGUUAUGAGCCACCAUGUGGUUGCUAGGGUUUGAACUCAUGACCUCUGGAAGAGCAGUCAGUGCUCUUAACCAGUGAGCUAUCUCUCCAGCCCACCCUUUUACUUUCUUUGCUGUAGCACUUGGGGAAAUUUUGAAAAAUUAUAAAAGAAAUGUCCAAACGUUAGCAAGAAUAGAAGCGUGUGACCUUCUGCAGCAGUCUCCGUUCACAUCAUGUGUGUUACCUUCCAAGUUUUCCCUGGUGCACACCCCUACCCGUUCACUCUCUUCUUUUCUAGGAAAUAUGGACUACUUUGUUGUCUUUAAAUAAAUACAUAUUGUUUGCAUGUGUGUGUGUAAUAAGCUUGUGUCCUUUGGAAGAACAAUGCUCUUAACCUCUGAGUCUAUUCCCCAGCACCCCCUUUUAAAAUAUAAUAUUUAUUGUAAGAACUACCUUGAUGUAGCUCUUAAAAAUAUUUUUUUGAAUCUUAGUGUUGGUGGGAAUUAACUUUGUUCUAUAAAUCUUACUUUGUGUCUCUAUCAGUCAAAAUUAUAGCUGUUCUUUCCCAAGUUGUAUGUGUUUGUGUGACGUGUGUGAUGUGUGUGUGUGUGUGUGUGUGUGUGUGUGUGUGUGUGUGUGUGUGUGCAAGAAUGUGGAGAUCAGAGGUUGAUGUUUGAUGUCUUUCCCUCUUUUGUUCUCUACCUCUGUUGUGUUGUUUUGUUGUUGUUGUUGUUGUUGUUGUUGUUGUGGUUGCUUUGAGACAGGGUCUCUCACUCUGUGACCCUGAAUGACCUUGGAACUUGUUAGUAAGGGAGGUUGGCAUCAAAGAACUCCAUCUGCCUCAGGCUCCCAAGUGCUGGACUCGACAUCCUCUGCCACCACCCAGCUUCGCCUAUGCUGCUCGGCAGACUCCUGCUGCUGGGCUGGCUUUUUACAUGGAUGCCAGGGAUCCUGACUCAGGUCCUCAUACUUGAGUGGCAAGCGGGUUACUGACCGAGUCAUCUCUCUAGCCGUAUCAGGUCAUUUUUCAGUUCACUUACCAAACAGGUCUCUCAGACACCUCGCUCCUGGAACCCUUUCCCUGAGGUGACUUAAGCAGAGGUCUGUCCCCUCCUUAUAUGACACAGGUGAUGAACCAGAGCACAAACCCACCAGAUUCAACCUAGAGAGCCUAUGAGUUUAUAGAACAGACAUGCAAGACCCAAAAGUGGCCUCAGAAUUCAGAAAGCCUUACUCAGCAUGGACGACUUCCCCAAUUCGACCGAGGGAGUCCUCCCUUCAGUUAACCUUCUGCCUUCUGGCUACUUUAGGACCCACCAAGACUGCAAUGCCACGUGAGCUAGAGUUGAGUUACAUAUGGCUGUUUGGGAUAUUCAGGGGGAGCAGCCAGAGUCUCAGUGAGGGAAUAUCAGUGGUCAGCCAGUCUUGGUGUCUCUUGCAGAAGUCACAGUUACUAAGAUGAAGGUGACGGCUGUUCUGCUCAGAGGACUGUGCUUCAUAGACUUCAGACUGGAGUCUUUAGAGAGGCUGCUCUAGUUAGAGAAGAGAACAGGUACCGAGUCCUUCCACAGCCUCAGGGAUUUGAGCAACUAGGGAAACAAAGGAAUGAAAGAAAGACAAAUACACAGACAGACAGAAAAGCUGGGCUUGGCUGGGGAUUUAGCUCAGUGGUAGAGCGCUUACCUAGGAAGCGCAAGGCCCUGGGUUCGGUCCCCAGCUCCAAAAAAAAAAAAAAAGAAAAGCUGGGCUUGAGCAGGCGAGGCUCCCUGAUGGAAAAGCCUAGCUCUGUAGAUGCUCUGCCUACUUAAGAUAUACUUAUAUAUAAUAUAUUUAUGAUAUAGUUGAUUGAGGAGGUGGGGCUGUUAUGUACAGCUGAACAGGGAAGAACACUGCAGUGGCCAUUUUGUUGGACAACAGUUGGACACAUUGUCAACAUUUGCACUUGGACCGGGAGGGAAGGCUUUGCCAUUUUCCCAUGGGUCUGAGGUAUGGUCUUUCAUAUAGCCACCCACAUACACCUCCACUCAGGACUUGAAACACUCGGGGUUCCUGGGCUCCCCAUAACUGGGGAUAUUUGGAUAAGGAAACUUGCUGAUUCCACAGAGGGGGAUGUUUCAGCAGCAGCAUAUGGAGUUGUUGAGCUCAGACAGGGGUUUCUUAAUAGUUAAAACCACGGUGACAUGAUGUCUGUCUGCUUUUCUACCCUGGUGACUAAUCCUCAUCUGUGUUUUGCUGGGUUUGUUGAGCACAGGCCUGUGGUUGACCUUUUCCUACGUUCUCAGCAUUCUUAUAUCCCUGUGACUGACAAGGCAUCUUUUAUAGAGGCCUCUGUGCUCCCAAAUAUGUUAAAGAGUUUUGAAAGUGGAUCCACUAAAGUGAUUAUUUUGUGUUUGGUAAGGAAAACAUAGCCUAUUCAGGUACAGCCAGUUGAGAGACGCUUAGGUAGCUGGGUGUCAUCUUCAGCUUCAUGAAAAUAAAUGUCAUCUUUGUGGUAGCUGUGUGUCCAUGACAUUUAUGACACAACACAGCACAGCUUGUGAUGGUCACUUGACCCUUCACUUAUACUUGAGGAAUAUAGGAUCCCCUCCUGCCAUCAGGAAGCCUUGUCCACCUACAGAUCACACAGUUACCACUUGUUAUGCUUUAAACGUGUGUGUGUGUGUGUGUGUGUGUGUGUGUGUGCGCGCGUGUUUAUGGUUCUGGGGAUAGAACCUGGACUCUCAAGCGUGCUAGGCAGUUGCUCUUACACAGCUCUGCCCCAGUCCCAGACAGGUUCUUGCUAAACCUCAUUUGAGAGCAGCUCUAUUGUUCAGGGGAUUGUUUAGUUAGAAUUGCCAGGUAGAUGGAUGGUCCUCUGCUUUGGAACGAAGUUUUUAAUUAUAGGUUAUGCUGAGAGUUAGCGACUUGCGUCCCUGAUGAAUUGAAUGGCAAUAAUUAUAUUUAAGUAAUUAUACUAAUUUAAAUGUGGAGAAAUGGGUCCUUUAAUAACUGUGAUAUGGCAGAUUACCAUUAUGUACUGUUUUCUAAUUGUUAUUGCUGUUUAAUUGAUGGUGUGAGCUGUUAGAUUCCCCAGCGUCAGUCUAUGAGCACUGUGGCCAGCUAGGGGCGCCAGUAGCCAGCUGGCCCCUCAUUUUGAGUCCAUCAGCUUCAUUCUCAUAUUCUUGAUGGCUCCCAGUGUCCUCUGUUCCAGAUGCAUACUUUAAAGCUCUGGGAAGCAGAAUGUGGUGACAUAUACCUCUAGUUCCAGCACUAGAAAGGUCAAGGCAGGAGGAUCUCGAGUUUGAGGCCAGCCUGAGGUACAUAGUAAGACUGUGUUUCAAACAAAGAGGGCUUGGGUUGUGGCUUUGGCAGAACACUUGUCUGUCCUGUGUAAGGCCCUGGGUCCUCUUCACAGCACUAAACACUAGGAUACCUCUGUCACAGCAAGAGAGAACAAGGAUUUCCUCCCUUCCCUCCCAAGUUCUGAGUUUACUAGAAAACUAGAAUAAGGACUCAGACAAUGGCACUCAAACCAUCAGCCCUAAAAUUAACAACAAAAACAAACAAAACCCAUCAUCCUUUGAUUGUGGGGAAAGGAAAAGGCAUUCCAUCUAGUUUCAGGCAUCUGGAAAAUAAGUUACAAGUUUGUAAAUUUCUCCUUGCUUUUUUCUCAAGGUAUAAUCUUUGAGGCAGACACUUUGGCAUUAAACCCCUGACAGGCUGGCAGGGAGGCUCAGAGGGUAGAAGAGCUGGCUGCCGAGACCACAGAGUUCAGUCCUCAGAACCCAAGUGCUGGAGUGAGAGGAUGAUGUCCCUCAAGUUCUCUUCUGACCUGUGCCUGGGCACCAUGGCAUGUGCUUAGUCACACUCGGGUACACACACAUGCAUGCACACGCACACACAUGCACACGAGAACACAAGGCUCUUUAAUGUAAAAUAGAGUAAGUAGAAUGAAAUGGCUGAUAGCCACAGUGCACCUGUGCACUUGCUGUCUCCCGGCAUCCUGAUGUAGAGUGAAGUAGGCUCCUACAGCCGCUUCUGGAUGGACAUAGAGCAGUGAAGAAGCAAAAUGGCAGAGUUCAGCUGUUACCCCAUACACAAACGUCUUUAUGUGGCCUGAUAUAUUCACAUUUUUUGAUGUUUUUGUAGAUGUUUAAGUGGCUUGCCACCGAGUGCUAAAUUGCUCUAGAGCUACGUGCGAGGGCGUGGCUCUGCUGGGACAGUGCAUGGGGCAGUUGCUGUAGCUGAUGGCUGCGUUUCUGAUUUGCUUCAAAUCCUGGUGGGGAUAUUUUUGGAGCUAGAAGACUUUAGUUCCUCUGACUAUCUAUUGUUUGUUUUAAACAAGCAUUUAAACAGUGGCCUAAUAGAAUGUUGGAGAACUUUAUUAGUGGCCAUUUAAAUAAUGAUUUAGAGGUGUUUUAUUUAAUUUUUAUUCUUGAACAAGCCCUUAUUUUCUAACACAAUGGUUAGACCAAGCAAGGCUCUCACCUCUGUCAAACAUCUAUGGCCAGUGUCAAGGAGCUGUUGGCCUACUUGACCUCAGUGGAACGAACUGGAGCUCCAGGUCACAGGCACAGCUCCACUGGCCUAGAGGAUGGGUGGAGCGCAUCAUUUUGUAACACUGGUCUUGAGGUUUUACAAGGAAGGGGCUGUGUGAUUAGACUGUAGAAAGGGGAGGAAACAAGAAGGGGAUGUGUGCUGCUCCAGUCGGAAGCGGCCACAGCAGAGACCUUGCCUACCCGCCUACCCUGCUCUGAACUGCCAGAAAACGGAGUUCAUAAGUGAACUUAAAUCUUGCACGGUUUGACUUUUUUGCUUAAGGCUAAAAACUGUGUCAAAACUCCUAAUUGAAUUUUGUUUAGACAUGCAGAGAAAAAUAUGAAGCAAUUGAAUAAUCUCCCUCCUCUCCUUUUUUAUGUCCUGUGUUUUCUAGCUACUUAAAGUUCUGGAAAGAUCACUGAAGGAGCUAAAAGCUAUACUUUCAAAAUGCACUGCAAGUGGUUGCAGCAUAGGGCCUCAGUCUAGCUGCAGAGCAGAUUUCCUGACCAUAAGCGUCCCUGUAGCAACCGCCAUGCCGAAACAUCUAUGUGUUCAUUCCCUGGAGGGAAGGUCAGCACUCACGUACACCAAGCUAAUGGUACACGUACUGGGUGCCACCUAAGCCACAGGCGCUGUUCAGAGGACAUGAUCAGUGGAGAACAGUGCUCGUAGGUUGUUAAAUCAGAGAGCUUAGAGGAGAACUCAGAAAUCUGGCCCAGCACUGUUUCCUUUGUGUGGUCACAGUUGACAGACAGCUGAGAGAGGCUCUGGAGUCAACUUUGAAAGAUGGUAGGAUCCAGAAAAGCAGAAAACCCGAUCAGAGCACUAGACGCGUCGUUUAAGAUGGAGAACCACGUGCAGACGCUGAGUGCUCCCAGCAGCACCAGUCAGAAGAACCCAACAGUGCACGUAGCCUAGAUGCCCACCAGCAGGUCAGAGGGAAACAGAGGACGGCGUAGCAUCAUCUAGUGAGCAUUACUGGGCAGUUAAAAGGGGCUCUGGAGUAGCUGGGCCUUGAAGACGGUAUGACAACCGGGCAUAAAAGGCCACAUGAACACAGCAGGCCUGGCCAGACAGAAAGGGCAAUCGGUGGUUUCCAUAACUGGGGUAGUGGGAGUGUACAUGGGGCUUUCUUUUAGGGGAAUUUGGUGUUGGGAACCAAACCUGGGCCCUCUGUAAGAGCAACUGGUAUGUUAAGGACUGAACCUUCCCCCAGUCCCUCAGUUUUAAAUGUUACUCAAAGGAUGUUCAACACUGAUGCAAUUCUUAGGUUAAAGUCAGUUUCAAAACACUGUCAAAUCUUUGCAUAGGAAUGCCCACAGUAUUCAUUUCAGAAUUCCUCCUCCCCCUCAAAUAGAAGUGGCCAGAUCCACAGUCUCUGUUCUCUAAAGCCUUCCCUAGAGGUACUGACUGCAUCAGUUUGACAUUUCCUUGGUUUUCUUUGAACGCAUGGGGUUUGGCAUUUGUUUGUGUUCAUCUCUACCCAGCUGCAGUAUCUUCCGCCUGCUCCCCACCUCCAGGCAGGCAGUUCUUCUAGAUGAUUCCAUAGCCUGCCUUCUCAAGAAGGCAGCACUGACUGUGCUGGGACUUUUGUGUUUUGACUUCCCUUCUGACCUGUCCUGGAAGCACCAUGCCACCUUUACAGCUGAACCCCAUCUUUGUUGUUUUACAUAUCAGUGAUGUUCUCAGAACUCUUCUAGAAGUUCCUCAGUGAAGGCCGUGUGGGAGGUGUGCUCAAGUUUCUAUGUUAGGAAAUGCCUUCGUAAAUCUGCAGUGGUUUUGUAUUUAGUAAGAAUUCUUCUGUUUUGAAAGUGUGUGUGUGUGUGUGUGUGUGUGUGUGUGUGUGUGUGUGUGAGAGAGAGAGAGAGAGAGAGAGAGAGAGAGAGAGAGAGAAAGAGAGAGAGAAUAUAAUGUUCAGGAGGCUUUUUAUGCUGUGCUUUUGUUUGCCAACAUGUAAUAACAUACCACAAUUUAGAAACACCGCUGUACUUUUGAUGAACAUUGAGUUUCCAGUGUUGUGAAUGCCUUGUGACUGUUUACAUUCCUGUCUGUCAGUGUGUGUGUGACGCUACAUCCCAGCAGCGUUUGUGCCGACACAGGUCCCUUUGUCUCCAUACACACCAGUGCCAUCACCUGUUAAGAGUUUUUCUCUGGAGAGAGAUUCUGAGCUCCAUGUCCCAGGCCAGCACCAUGAUAUCCCAAACCCCUAAAUCACUGAGGAAUGUCUGGGUGAUGGUUUGCAGUAGCACUGAGCCCGAGUUCACUGAGGGAAUUGACUCUUUAGUGUGCCGAGACCUUCUGUGUGUGGGUUCAGCUCUCAGCUUCUUUACAAAGUCUUUCAAUAAAGUUUUAGAUUUUUUCCUUGUAAAAGUUUUUCCCAAUGUGGUAAGUUCAGUUCUGGGCACUUGAGUUGGCAAGUGUGUGGACUUACAGUGAGCAGCCUUGUAAGCUCUGUAGUGAGCCCAACCCCUCAUCUCUAGAUUCUUCCCCUGUGUAGACGGGUCCCAGGCCUCAUGCUGGGUUUCCUGCCCUGUGUAAUUGGCUGCUACGUGAGAACUUAAUCCUUUCAGGGAUUUCUGCUAGAGGAAAAUUAGGGUAGAAAAUUAAGUCAUUGGUGGUGUGCAGCCUCCAUUUUCUCCAAUUUUUUUUAAAAGAAAGAUGUAUGUAUGUAUGUAUGUAUGUAUGUAUGUAUGUAUAUGGGUAUUUUGCCUGCAUAUGCAUUGCACAAGGGCAUUGAAUCCCAUGGGACUACAGUGGGUACUGGGAUUUGAACUCAGGACCUCAGAAGAACAUCCAGUACUCUUAACCACAGAGGCAUCUCUCUAGCCCCCAUUUUCUCUAGUCUUAAAGAGAAAGUUUGUAUCAAUGUCCUACAAUAAUAUAUAUAUUAUCAUAUAUAAUACAUAUAUAUUCUAUUUCAAUAAUAGACAGACAUUCAGCUUUUUAAGUACUUUUGCACCUGUACAUAUAUGAUAUCUCAGCAAAAUCCAACUAAAUCGAUGAGGUAGCCUGGUGUGCCCCAUCUUGCAUGACAGAUAUUAAGCACUUGAAGUAUAUAACAUGCAUAUGUGAAACACCGUACUAAUUUCUAUGUUGGUUGCAUGUUAAGUGCUGUCUCAGCUGUAAUUGAUUAACUAAAGAAUGGUCUUAGAAUCAGUGCAGCCUAUCAUCUGCUUUCCCUUCUUCCCCUUCCCUCCUCUUCCUUUUCUGGCUUCACAAUCCUCUCUUUAUCAAAUGCAGGACCCUCCUACCUUAGCUGGAAUUACAGGCAUGGACCAUAUACCUGGCUGUGAAGUAUAAAAAUGUAUUUUCUAGAUGAGAAAAUUCUCAUAUGGAGAGGGCAGGUGACUUCUGUACAGCCCAGGCCCAGGCAGCUGACUCCUGGGAUUUUCUGAUCUGGUGACAUUUCUGCAGAUGUUGAUGACAGUUAACUAUCCAUUCAGAAAGAAAUUUAGAUCCAUUUGUCGUUUUGUACCUUGAUCAACUGCAGAUGAGUUUAGCUUAAAGAUAGAUAGAUAGCUAGAUAGCUAGAUAGCUAGAUAGCUAGAUAGCUAGAUAGCUAGAUAGCUAGAUAGCUAGAUAGCUAGAUAGAUAGCUAGAUAGCUAGAUAGCUAGAUAGCUAGAUAGCUAGAUAGAUAGAUAGAUAGAUAGAUAGAUAGAUAGAUAGAUAGAUAGAUAGGCAGGCAGGCAGAUGUAAAUUUGGUGAUAAUUUUAGUUUUAUUGGGAACACUACCUCUUGAAUCACUGUCCUCUAAACCCAGAAGUCAUAAAGAAUAUUUUGACAGACUAGAUUAUAGAUAAGUGAACUUUUGUGGAGCAGAGUCCUUACGUAGAAAGUUGGAGGGCAGUGGAGUUGGAGGUGUGUAUAGAGGGCAGUGGAGUUGGAGGUGUGUAUAGAGGGCAGUGGAGUUGGAGGUGUGUAUAGAGAGCAGUGGAGUUGGAGGUGUGUAUAGAGGGCAGUGGAGUUGGAGGUGUGUAUAGAGGGCAGUGGAGUUGGAGGUGUGUUAGAGGGCAAUGGAGUUGGAGGUGUGUAUAGAGGGCAAUGGAGUUGGAGGUGUGUAUAGAGUGUACAGACACAGAGGACCCUAUCCGAGCUACAUAUAGAGCAUCUACAACCAGCAACAAAGCCUCAGCCAGGAGAGCAUGGUGCUUGUGCGCGUGGCAUUCCAGCAUAGGCAGCUGGGCUCACUCGGUGGGAAGGAGUGAGAGUGGCAUGUGAGUGGCUUCGCAGUUACAGUUGUUCAUUCAACGCAGUCAAGAACCCUGAUCUUGGUUUCCAAACACCAUCUACAUCCAGAAGAUUCCACAGUCCUUGACAAGGUAGUCGAUGGCAUGGCUUGGCGUGACAAAUGACGAAAUGAGCCAGUCUGGAAGAUCGUGUGAUGGCAGAAAGAUGUCCAGAAACGACAGCCACCUGGAGGACAUUGGCAGUGAAAUCGCCACUCAGAAGUUGCUGAGGAGUGUCAGCAACUAGUAAGAGACUGGCCUAGGAGGUUGGGGUGGGGACAAGGAUGACCUCACAGAAGCCCAGCUUACUCCCCUUUACCCAGGGACCGCCGUGGGCUGAAAGUGACAGAGAGGUUUGACAGCUAAGUGCAGUGGAAGCCUCUUGUGAUGGUGUGCACCUGUAGUCCUAGCUCAUGGGUGGUGGAGGAGGGAGUUCAAGGUCAUCCUCCCUUACAUAGUGAGGUGAGGCUCAUCUGGGUUACAGAGACCCUGUCUUAACAAAGAAAGACAAGUAAUAAUACUUACAUUUUUAGAAAUGAAAUCAGGUGAGGUCUUCUGAGGUUUGGACAGAAAGGGCAUUUCUGUGGAAGGUGCGCUGUCUGAGUAAGCUCAUGCGUUCACAGUUUCUGGCAACAGUGACAUAAGAGAUGACCACAGGGGAAGUAGGGUGAUGGGUUCAGGGAAACGUCAUAGCCUCUUCUGCUCAUUCAAAAAAUUUCAGAUAACAGUGAAGAGCUGAUUCAGUUAACUGGAACUCAGCUCUGAAUCUCUACCUCAGAAUUCCCACAGGCACAGGCAGGAUGGUGGAGAAGGCAGGAUGGUGGAGAAGGCAGGAUGGUGGAGAAGGCAGGAUGGUGGAGAAUGCUCUCUGUUCAGACUGUCCUGUGGAGCACACCGAUGGGUAGAACCUGAGGUGCAGCCUCAUGCUGUGACAUCUCACAGAAAGUGCUGUUGUUAGUCUGCUGCAUACCACCUUCCCCACAGGACAGCCACGUGGAUGUUUGUUGAGUUCAGAGAAAAUGGUGUAGGACCAUUCUCAAGGAUGGAUGGAGGCUUCCUGUUGGGCUGUGAGUGGCUGGGAUGUUACUUGUGUGUUUUCUGUACUGGGCAUGCCCUGGGACCACAGUAGCACAGCCAUCUUGUAGUCCUUAUGCAGUUAGACUAGGAGGAAGGAAGUGCAGGAAGCCGUGCCAUCAGUGACGUUUUUAAAGACCGCACUGUGUUAUAAAAUGACUCAGGCUGUGUAUUCAACAUCUGCCUUGUCUAAUAGCAGGCUUUUUGACUGGCAUUUAGUCUCUCAGAAAACUCCUUGUUGUCUGUGAAGGGUUUUUUGUUUUGCUUUGUUGUUGUUUUGUUUUGAGACAGGGUUUCUCUGUGUAGUCCUGGCUGUCCUGGACUUGCUUUAUAGACCAGCUGGCCUCAACUCACAGAGAUACACCUCCCAAGUACUGAAAUUAAAGGCCACCACUGCUGGCCUGUGAAGUUUUGGUAGCAAGAAGCUACCAUUUAGGAGUUUUAGAGUUUAGGGAAACUGUCCCUCUGUGGUACCAUAGGAUGACGUACAAGAGAGAUGGUGGGAGGGGUGAGGUGCAGGGGAGAACAAGUGGGGGGCACUCAAAGAAGGGCCAGGGCAGGUGGCUGUCACCUCCCUUCACCCCUAAGCAUACUUCAUCUUGAGUUAGAGAUGAUGAUGGUGGUGGUGGUGGUAGUGGUGGUGGUGGUGGUGGUGGUGGUGGUGGUGACAGUGAGGUGACUGGACAAUGCCUAUUCUGCCUCAGUCAAAUAGUUCAGGGAGAUCAAAUAGUCCUGCAGUAGUGUCUCUGUAUUUUGAACUGAUCCGUGCAUUUAAAACUCACCUGGUGGAUUCUCAGACUGCAGCCUCUGGUCUCUUAGCUAGUGUAACAGAACUUGCCAGCCCACCAGAAAGUGUCCUGAUAGGACUCCCUAUCCUGCCUCUGAGUUUGCCUUUUCUCCAUCCCUGCUUGUUAUAGCCCACUCUCUGGAGUAGAUUCCUUGCCUGAGAAGAGAAUGAGGUGUUUUCAAAGAACAGAGUGACAAGGAGAGUUAGAGUGGAGGGUUGGGGGCCAGGCAUGCUGGGUCUUGAGGGGACUCCUGUUCUGCACAGCACUGUCUGAAACUGUCCUCCCUCUCAGAUGGGGCUUCCUCACCACAAAGGUUAUAUCCUUUGAGACGGUGACUUCUGUGCAGCAUUUAUUAUUUCUAGGUCACCUCCAAAGUAAAUGCCAGAUGAUGCUACCAAGUUCCUGGUUUUCUCAAAAGGUAUUUUUUCUUUCCUUCUCCAGUUGCUUGCUCGCUCUACUAUUCCCACGGGGGAGUUUUUCUUUGUAUUCUUCCUCUGAGCUUGGAGCUCUUCAGUCUCAAAGCCCUGUUCAUGCUGUUUUGUGGUCAACUGUUCCAGUGCUGCCACCCGUGUCCUUGAGUAAACCUCACACUUAACACUUGGGGACAAAGUGCCAGACUGAAUGGCUUGUGAAGGUUUGGCAGAUCAGUGCAGAGCGCUCAGUGCUCACUUGACUGUGGUUACCCUGGGGACAGUGGGAGGCUGGCAUCACAGGUGGUAUAAGCCUGUGCCAGCGCUGGAAGGCAGAGGCAGCAGUAACUUCGGGGCUGUCCUGGUCUACAUAAUGAGUGUGAGAUAAGCCAAGGCUCCAAAGUGAGAUCCAGUCUCAAAGCCUCAGUGGGGAAGAAAAACCCUAAGGGUGAGUGAAGCUGAAAGUUGCCACACAGUCACAAACUCUGUUUCCUACAUUAGUGUUGUACCAAGCACAUCCACGAAAGGGAGCUGAACAGCCAUAGCGAGCAACAGUUUAUUCAUUCAGCCAGCAGAGGGCAGCAUAGACCCAGUCUCCAGAUACAAGAGGUUUUUCUUUUUCAGUUUCUUUUUUAAGUUUUUAAUUAAUUAAUUAAUUAAAGUAAAUUUUUGUUAAAUAUAUUUAAAGGGUAUUUAAAGAUACUACAGUAGCCACAUUGAAGUGCGGUGUGAGGGUUAAUUCAGCAUCAGCUUUAUCAUUCUUCCCUGUGGAUCUUACAGUGUUCUCUGCCAUGGAGGAAGUGUCUCCCUGGCAUCAGAAACUUGCCGGUGAAGGCUGCAAGACGUAUCUUCCAACAUUUCUGGGCUGUGCUCAACUGGGGCCUUAAGUCAUUGCCUCCAGAGAGUCACUUUAGCUGAGUCUUCCCGAUACUCCGGACACCACUGUGUGCUAAGAGAACUGUGGGGCUUCUCUGAAAGCAUUGUGGCAGUGCUGUCUGUCCUUGUUACAGACAGGGAACCUGCACACAGUGCUCACUCCGGGGCACUCGAUGGCACCAGUAAUAGAUUUUCUUCACAAAGGAAGAAGAUCAAUCUUCGUUGGUUUUACAACAUUAUACCUUUUCUGUGUCUUAUUUUUCCUUGCAAAUGUCAGUUGCCCUUCUUAGAAAAAAAUAAAACAAAAAAAAGAGAUGUUCGUGGUGACUCAUCCUUGUAAUCCUAGCACUUAGGAGUUGAGCUUCCUCAGUUGCAAGUUCAAAGCCAGCCUAGACAAGUGAGGACCUGAAGAAGGGGGAGGGGCAGGCAGCAAAGGCAUGCAUUAGGUCUGUGUUUGUUUUGACACCUUGUUUUUUUUUUUUUUUUUUGGUUCUUUUUUUUCCCGGAGCUGGGGACGUUUUGACACCUUGUUAAUGUUGACGCUUCAUUUUGAUAAUAAAAGUGUUAUAAUUCUACCUCAUACAUGCUUAUUCUGGCCAGCCAUGAGAACCCCAUGGGUGUCCAGGUACCAGAAAGGCUUAUCAGGGAAUGGGAGCAGGCUUUUGGCUCUCAGCAAUAUCACCUCAUUUUUCCUGGAGUCUUCUUCUCUGGAAAGCACCUUUGAACACAGUGCUUGGUACACUUGACCCUGUUGGUACUGUUUUAUACUGUGGUAGAAUUUAAAUAUUAAUCAGUGACAGACAUAAGACAGGAAAAAGUGGCCCUUCAUGUCACUGUGCUAUUCUGUAGGCAAUAUUUAUUUUUAUUUUUGGUAGCCCUUAAUGGCUGAACCAUCUCUCCGACCCAUUUUUUUUCAUGUUUAAAUGCUAAGUCGUGGUUUCAUCAACAAUGUCUGUGUAAUUUUGCUUGGUGGAAGCACGUGAGAAGCUAUGCUGCAGUCUGAAGGGAGCACGUGGGAAGCUACGCUGCAGUCUGAAGGGAGCACGUGGGAAGCUACGCUGCAGUCUGAAGGGAGCACGUGGGAAGCUACGCUGCAGUCUGAAGGGAGCACGUGGGAAGGGAGCACGUGGGAAGGGAGCACGUGGGAAGCUACGCUGCAGUCUGAACCGGGCAGGCAGUGCUCUAGAGUUGGAGAGUAAGCCUGACUGAGGCACAGAAUAUCAGAAACAUUCACACCAUCAGUGUCACAGCAAGUCAGCCAUCUUUGUAUAGUCUCACCCUAUCCAUUGCAGGUGGGCGGGAGUAAGGAUUAGAUCUGUUUCCGUGUCUCAAUUAUUUGGAACUAUGAAAUACCUUGAAUCUAGACGCCUGCAUCAGUAUUCGGGGUGUGGCCAGGAGAGCAGCUCACUCAGAAGGCCUGACAGCUAAGCAGUGAGCUGUGCUGGGAUCACAGGGAGGAGUGCAGCCUUGUGCUUCUGCCGUGGGAACAGGACAGGUGUGCCAACUUGCCCUACAUGUCUUCCAGAACAUCAUGUUGUACACCUUAAAUAUGCAUAAUAAAACUUAUUUUAAAAACAAACUCGAGUAGGAACGCCAUGACACAUGAUUUGAAUAUGCGUAGCUUUCAAAUGAUCUCUCUCCCUUGGCCGGUUUCACACUCGCUUGUAGGGCCUCCCUCAGCUCCUGUGAGGCUCCACAGCGUCUGAAGCCCUGCUCUAAGCCUUGGCUGCUUUUGUUAUCUCAAGUGUACACGGGAACUCCCUAACAGUUCCCAUCAGGUAAAUGCGUAGGGGCCUUUCUAGGAGGCUCCAUUUGGCACGGGCUGGAGAUGUGCCUAGUACAUGAGGUGCUUACGCAUCCCAGUGCUCUGGAUAGUUCCUGUUUACCCUAGCUGGAUGCUGUAACUAGGGGUUUGGUUGUUUGGUUGGUUGGUUUGUGGCUUUUGAGACAGUGUCUCAGUAUGCAGCCUUAACUCCUCAGAACUCACUGUAUAGACUGGGCUGGCCUUGAACUCAUAGAGAUCCACUGGACUCUGCCUCCUGAGUGCUGGGGUUGAAAAUGUGUGCUACCACAGUCAGCUAGGAUGUUGGGACUCUUAGUAUUGCCAGCUUUCAAGCUUUCAGUCCCAGUUUGUAAGAUAAAGCUAGAUGACUGCUCUUUCACUGGUCUACCUCCUGUUUCUGUAGAGUCCUGAUAAGUUUCUUAGCCUGGCCUUGAAUAUACUUUGUAGCACUGGAAUUAGGCCUGAAUUUGUAGUCCUCUGCCUAAGCCUUUUAAGUAGUUAUUAUUACAGGUCUGCACCAGGACCCUGAAUGUUGUCAUUUAGACUUUGAGAUGGAUGGUCUUGCUGUGUAGUUCAGGUGGGCCACUAGCUUGUGAUCUGUCCCCUGCCCCGGAUCCUGAGUGUCGGGAUUACAGGGUACACCACAUGCCUUGCCUAGUAGGGAUGAUAAUCAUGUAGUUACUUUCCUCCGAGUCAAACAUGGUGCUUGGGACUUAAGAUAGGCUUCUAUAUUCCCCUUUUAGUUGACAGAGUUAAUGCUGCACCAGCUUUAAGGAGCAGAAAUCAAGCAGGGGGAAUCAUGACAUGGCCAGGGGUUUCUGCUGCAUUACAGUUUGUGGGGCAGCUUUUCUGCUCUGCUCAGACUCACAGAAGCUAGGACUCAGGCCUAUUGCCGUAAUAUCUCAUGAUAGUUCAAGUAGCGUUAGUAGUGCUGUAUGAGCUAUUUUGAUUCACUCUGUCUGUCUGUCUAUCUACCUGUUGUAUAUGAGCAUGUUGUUGCUGACAUACCAGAAAAAGGCAUCAAAUUCAAUUACAGAUGGUUGUGAGCCUUCAUGUAGAUGUUGGGAAUUGAACUCAUGACUUUUGGCAGAAUAGCCAGUGCUUUUAGCCAGUGAGCCACCUCUUUAGCCCUUGAUCCACUUUUUGAGAAUUAUACUAAGAAUGGACCAUUGAAUAGUGCCUCUCAGAAGAUGGAGUUUCAUAUUUUUACCUUCUCAGGCCUUGACUCUUCAUGCCGCACAUGGAGUCCAUCAGUAGGCCCUGGCACUACCUUAGACAUAAAUGGAGCAGGGAGUUGAGCCUUUUUAUUGCUUAGCUGCCCAUCUCUCAUAGCAGCUUCUCGGGUCAUACAGCUUCUGCUGUGGCUGCCCGCAAUCUACACUCUCACCAGCGCCCCAGGUGAAGUGUCACAAAGGAAGUCAGAUGUCUCUGAUCUGUCCAGAACGUGGCAGUGGCCAUUCAUCUCACCCAGAAAGAAACUGUUGUCCUUGAAACAGCCCAAGGCCCCCCACAGCCCCCCAAAGGCCUCUGCCCUUCAACCUCAAACCUCCUUACAAUCCUUCCAGCUCCCCAAUGGACUCCACAGGCUCCAGAGCCCCAGAGCACAUGUCCAGGAGUGGCCCACUCUCUUCAUCAUCCUCACAGGGGAAACACUGUGUGUCCAUUUAGUCCUUGAUGUCUCUGCAGCCCACACCCACUGUGCUCAGGGACCCUUAUUGGGGGAAACAGUAGAGAGGAACGAUUAUAGAUUUGAUUGGUUCUUAAAACGAUGUGUAAAACUGAAGGUAGAAUUGGAGUUAAGAACAAGCUAUAGGUCGCAGUAUGUGCUCUGAAUAGUCUGUUCAGUCCUACAAACCAGUAGGGAAAAAAACCCACAAGGUGUGGACAGCGGCUCAUAGAUCAGAAGUGUUCUCACGCUUCGGGGAAAGCCAGCCUUGAUGCCAGUGAGGCCAAUACAGAGAUCAGCACUGGGAAUGCCCCCACCCAUCAGUGCAGUUCAGUGCGGGCCUGUCUGGACAGAUCAAACUCUAGGAAUCUAGACACGUGCUGUCCCAUUGCCAGGAGACAGGAAACAGAAGUGACCUGUCCUUCCCAAGUCAGGAUCAUCUGGGAAUCAGAUCUGAUGCCAGAGGUCGAAAUAGGGGUUAGGAACCAUUAAAUGGGUUUUGGAUGGAGCCGAAUGCAGUGAUAGUGGAUUCUUCGAGGGCAGAGCUUGAAGAGUACCUCACCCCAGAGAGGGUUUCAGGACUAGACAAGGAAGGCCACAUCAGCAAGGCACAGAGAGAAGACAGUGAAAGCCACCAGAACUGCUUAGAUUUAACCGUCAACUCCACACAACCUGGAAUCACCCGGGAGGGGAGUGACUUGAGAACUGAGGCUCACCUAGAUGGGGCUGGCCUCUGGGCAUGUCUGUGGGGAUUCCUUGGUUGGCUAUUAAUUGAUAUAAGAGUUCAUAGACCACUGUGGGCUUACCAUUUCUUGGGCUGGGCCCUAAAGCUAACUAAGACAAAAUAAGUAAGCAGCUCAUUUCCCUCAGUUUUUGGCUAUGGAUAUGAUGUGAUUUACUGCUUAAAUUUCCUGCCUUGGCUUCUCUGAAGUGAGGGACUGUGUCCUGGAAUUUUAAGCCAAAUAAACCCGUUCUCCCUAGAGUGGUGUUAACUAAGGGCAUUUGUCACGUUAACAGAAAUGAAACUAGGACACCACCCAGUGAUGUCAUGGUAGUACUUGUGUUGUUACAGACAGCUUCCUAAGGAGCCUCACAGUCCACUCCAGAAACUCAGGGGAAGCUUUUCUGGAUCAAGGACCUCAACUUGUAAGUGAGUCCUAUGGGGAGAACUAGAGCCAUGUCCAGAGCACGUGCACAGGGCACUGAGAUUGGGCCCUGCUUAAAAGUUACAGGCUGUGAGUAGCGAAAGCACAUGGCACCCUUUGUAGUCCUGGGAAAAAUUAGGGCUAGGGGGUGGCUCACUUGGUAAAGUAUCAUAUAUACAUGACACCCCGAAUCCCAUCCCCAUAUAAACAUGACACCCCAAGUCCCAUCCCCAUUCCCCUGUAAAAUCAUUGCUGGGGGUGAGGGGGUGGAGACAGGAGGGUCCAGGGCUUUCUGGCCAGCAAGUCUAGCAGAAUCAAUGAGCUCCAAUGAGGAUUCAUUGAUAAGCCCACUCCUAAAAAUCAGGUGAAGAACUGGGCAUGGUGGCACACACCUUUAGUCCCAGCAAUUGGGAGGCAGAGGCAGGGGGAUUUCUGUGAGUUUGUGGCCAGCCUCAUCUACAUAGUGAGUUCCAAGACAACCAGGAUUAUGUAGAGAGACCCUGUCUCCAAAAGAAAAAAGAAAGAAGGGAGGGAGGGAGAGAUGGAAAGGAACGAAAGAAAGAGAAAGCAACAGAGGAGUUACUUGAUGCACACACCUGUGAACACACACUUGCACACACAAAGUAAAAAUGAGGUGUUUAUAAACAGCGUGCAAAAACAGUUACUAACUCUGUAGUGUGUACAUAUAUAUGUGUGGCAUGAAGGGCACAUCUAAUAUAAUGUGUGUUGCAUGUAGAAGAAGCCAGACCAACCCUCGGUGGUUGUCACUGGGCAGGACCAGAUUGCCUGCCUCUGUUCUCUACUUUCAUCUGGGAUGUGUCUCGUGAACAUCAUCAAAACCACACAGAGAAGAACAUCGUGGUGUGCUGCAUCGAAAACCAGGAACGGGGUGCUACCCAGUGGACUUCAUCAGAAAGAAUAACGGGGGGCUGAUGUCCCCCAGAAUCCUUGAGUAAGGUGGAGCAACCUGGCUCAGUGUUCAGGGUGGCAGAGGGAGGACCGGUUGGUAAACUCAGGCAAGAGACCACUUUGGGCUUGUCUUCCUUGGGAGCAAUUUACUCUAGUUCUAGAUUAGUGUUGCUUGAAACAAUGCAGGCUUGGGAAUAGUGUGGAUCAAACAGCAGUGCUCUCUUCACAGAUAGGAACAACAAGUUCCCACAAAGUCCCUAAUGACCGCUGUAACCCUGAGCAGAUGAGCACUGCUGGAGGGAGGGAGGCACCCACACACUACAGGGCAGCAGCAGCCCACACAGCAUGAUGUUGUCACAUAGGUUGCAAAGCACAAGUGGGAACCUAGAAGUUGCAUAUCUGCAGUCUACCAACUUAACAAAAACACCAACGUUGGUGCCAGAAAACCUGGGUGUCCACAUAUUAAAGAAUUUAACCUGACCCUCAUAAACAAUCAACUCUAGAUGAUCAAAGACCUGAAUUAGAAUAAAAAGCACAAACCAACAGAACAUGUAGGGCAGCACUGUAAGAUGUUGUAGAUAACAGUACUGUGCCUAAGAGCCCCAAACAGAGGCAAAACCAGACCAGUGCAGUUUUAUCAAACUAAAAAGCUUUGGAGAAAAAUAGGUAAGCUGUGUAGAGUAUGAUAUCCAAUAUACAAGGAACCACAUAGAAAAAACCUAAUUAAAAAACAAGUCAGUGGCUGGGCAUGAUAGUGCAUGUCUGCACCCUAGCACUUGGGAGGGGGGGCAGGAAGAUGAGGAGUGAGAUCACCUUCAGCUACAGUAGGGAGUUUGAGGCCAGCCCAGACCACCUGAGGCUGCUAAAACAAACAGAUGUAGAGACAACAGAAGAACAAAGAGCAGGAGAUUGAAACAGAGCUUUCUUGAAAGAAGCAACACAGAUAGCCACAGACGCACUGGGCAUGGUGACAUAGGCCUGUAUGCAAUUCCGCCACUUCACAAGCUUAGGUAGGGGCAUCGUGAGUUCAAGGCCAGGCUCUGUUUCAAGCAAGGAAGCAAGCAAACAAAUAAACAAAAAACCCACAGCGCUUAGCAAUACAAAUGACCAAAAUAUUUUUAAAAUGCUCUAUAUCAUUUCAAUCAUCCGGAAUGAUGCCAGCAAAAAGCCCCGAGGACAGAGGUCGUGGUGCAGCAAACACUGUGCUGGCUCCUUAAAGAUCAAGAUGGCCCUGCAUGCUGAGUGCUUUACCUGUGGAGCCAUCUAGCUGGGCUGAUUUUUAUUACUUACUUCUUAGGUUUUUCAAGACAGUGUCUCUGUGUGGCCCUGGCUGUUCUGGAACUUCCUCUGUAGAGCAGGCUGGCCUCAAACUCAGAGAUCUAACUGCCUCUGCUUCCCAAGUGUUGGCAUGCACCAUCACACUUGGCUUCCUGGUUUUUUUAUUAUUACUAUUAUUUACGUUUGUGUGUUUAUUGUAGUGAAGUGAGGGGUUUGUGCGUGUCAUGGGAGUGUGAUGGUCAGAAGACAACUUGUGGAAGUUGGUUGUCUCCUCCUACCUUUACAUGCACUCUGGGGGGUCAAACUCUACCCACUGAACCUCCUUGCCAGUCCACAAUUUAUGAUGAGAAGACUCAUUGAAGGAAAAGGAAAUACGCUACUCACCCUAAUUUUGGAGCUAAACACUGUGUACAUGGAAUUAUUAGACCCUCAUAAGUGUGCAGUUGUUACACGUGUGUUAAAACUACAGAAGUCAGAAAGGGGUGAAGCAGGCCUCUGUGGACUUGGAGCAUGGCCAUGACUGUCUCAUCCCAGGCCUUGUGCUUGUGGCUGGGGUUUGAUAGCACGCUGUGGUGGUCACUGUCUUGUUGUCUGCGGACGACUGUGUGCAGCUUUCUAACUUCCCGGGAGCUGACCCGGGAAGAUGAAGCAGCUGCCGCAUCCUUGCUUGGGUGAGUGAAGACGGGGAGGGCCCACUGCUGAGCUGGCAAGAUGACUCAGUGCUGUUUAACAUGCUAGACGGUGCCUGAGCUUGAACUGGGAACUGGGUGGUGACAGGCUGCAGUGGGCUAAUUGGUCCCUGUGCCACUAGCUCUUCCUCUGGUAGUCCUGAAGCAGUUCUGAGCUGUCCUAGUGGCUGGACUGUUUCCCUGUAGGUGUUUCCAGCUCCACCCAACCACAGCCCAGGAAACAGCUCUAGACACUUUGCUGAGUGAAUUAGGAGUUCUCCUUCGUGGUCAAGCUCAGCAAGCCUGUCCUGUCCUGAGAAGUCAAACAAUGGUUCUUAAAGAAGGAGAGGGGGAGGACGUCCCCAGUGACCUGACUGCAGAGGAGCGUCAAGAACUGGAGAACAUCCGGCGGAGGAAGCAGGAGCUGCUGGCUGACAUCCAGAGGCUGAAGGAAGAGAUAGCAGAGGUUGCUAAUGAAAUUGAAAGCCUGGGAUCCACAGAGGAACGGAAAAACAUGCAGAGGAACAAACAGGUAGCCAUGGGCAGAAAGAAAUUCAACAUGGAUCCUAAGAAGGGGAUCCAGUUCUUAAUCGAGAAUGGCCUGCUGAAAAACACUUGUGAGGACAUUGCCCAGUUCCUGUAUAAAGGGGAAGGGCUCAACAAAACAGCCAUCGGUGACUACCUUGGGGAGAGAGAUGAGUUCAGCAUCCAGGUCUUGCAUGCAUUUGUGGAGCUGCACGAGUUCACCGACCUGAACCUCGUCCAGGCCUUGCGGCAGUUCCUGUGGAGCUUCCGGCUCCCUGGAGAGGCCCAGAAGAUUGACCGGAUGAUGGAGGCCUUUGCGCAGCGGUACUGUCAGUGCAAUACUGGGGUGUUCCAGUCUACAGACACUUGCUAUGUCCUGUCCUUUGCAAUCAUCAUGCUGAACACCAGCCUACACAACCCCAACGUCAAAGACAAGCCUACGGUGGAGAGGUUCAUCGCCAUGAACCGAGGCAUCAAUGACGGAGGAGACCUGCCCGAGGAGCUGCUGCGGAAUCUCUAUGAGAGCAUCAAAAACGAACCCUUUAAAAUCCCAGAAGAUGACGGCAAUGAUCUCACUCACACUUUCUUCAAUCCAGACCGAGAGGGCUGGCUACUAAAGCUCGGUGGCAGGGUAAAGACUUGGAAGAGGCGCUGGUUCAUUCUGACUGACAACUGCCUUUACUACUUUGAAUACACCACGGACAAAGAGCCCCGCGGGAUCAUCCCCCUGGAGAACCUGAGUAUCCGAGAGGUGGAAGACUCCAAGAAGCCGAACUGCUUUGAGCUUUAUAUCCCUGACAAUAAAGACCAGGUGAUUAAGGCCUGCAAGACAGAGGCUGACGGACGAGUGGUGGAAGGGAACCACACUGUGUACCGCAUCUCGGCCCCCACUCCUGAGGAGAAGGAAGACUGGAUCAAGUGCAUCAAAGCCGCCAUCAGCAGAGACCCGUUCUACGAGAUGCUUGCAGCACGGAAAAAGAAGGUCUCCUCCACAAAGAGGCACUGAGGGUGCACCAGGGCACGGCCAGCCCGUGAAGCUGUGGCCCCUUCUCCUGCCUCCCCUGAGGGCGCUGUGGAGCCCAGCAGAGGAGAGCAGAGGGCUUCUCUGCCAGUUCCUGCCCACUCCGCUCCUAGAGACUUGCUUCAGCUUUUGCAGUUUUCUAAGUGGGAGACGGGUGGGUGGGCGGAGAGGGCUCAGCUGGAGACGCUGCCCCACUCAUGGGCUCUGGAGCUGCUCAGAACCAGCGCUGCUUCACCGCCUCAGCUCAGCAGGACUGAGGGCACCGCAGGGAGCUGGCUCUUUACCUCUAAGUGUUCCUGGCCCAGGGCCUUCACCUCUGCUCCAUGAAUGCCUGUGAGGAUGUACUCUUAUGUACUGAGGAGAGAGGAGGAAAGGAAGAGAAGCCACACACUAUAAAGAUUUAUUUUUGUUUUUUAAAGCAAAAGUGAACGUAGCACUGUUCUCUGCCCUCCUGUGCCCUGCUUAGGGAGCGUCCCCUAAAAAGGGGGCUCUGGGGCUGCGGGCACCCCAGGGGCUGCUGCCUCAUGACUGUGUGGGCAAGAGGGGCAGAAGCAGGAUUGCUGGCAGGGCCCAGCAGACACGGGGAGGCCUCAGGGCCCCAGCAGGGCAGCAGGCAGGCAGUAUGGGCAGCUCCCACUCAGUGCCUGUGGGACAGGGUGAAGGUGGUUAGCGCCUUGCCCGGCCCUCAGUACCCAGGCCCACUGCUCUUUAAAAUGGAAAGUCUUCAUUUUCCUAAUAACCAAAACUGUGAGGAGCUCACCCAUGGUGCUGGGUGGCGACUGUUUCAUAGCUGGUUUUUCUUUCUCCUCCCCAAGAGCUCCACUCCUCGUUCUAGAGGAAGGAGCAGGUCUUACCUGAUCCCCUUGGGGCUUCAGCCUUUUCUGCCUCAAAAGCUGCCCCAACUGGACUAUUCUGGUGCACUCUGUGGUAGCCUCCAGGAGCAGGGGCCUUGCUCAGUAGGUUGCAGUGCAGUCAGGCAAGGGUAAGGUGGCCUUUUUGUCCCCUGCCCUCUAUGGCAUGGCAUACCACAGCACACACAUGAGUGAACCCUGGCCUCCUAACUCAGUGUGAAGGGAGCCAUGAAACGCAGCAUCUCCUGCCGUUCUCUCAGGGACUCUCAAGGGCAGCUCCUGUUCCUUGGCCAGGGCUAGCAUGCCAGUCUAGGCAGAGCAGGUGGCAGGUGAUGUCUUGGCACACUCCUCCACAUGGCCAAGGCCUUGGUGGCAGAAUGCUGCCUCCAGGCAGGUGGAGGAGCCAUGGGUCCCCACUGGGCUGUGUGAGCUCAGCCUCUGAUCUCAGAAGGAGGUCAGCAUCUCUGGAAAUAGCUUUGCAGAGAAGGGUGGGGGUGGGGGUAGCACUCGGUCCCUCCUGUGGAUCCAGCAGGAUCCGGCCUCGAGUGGCUUUAGGUGCUCGAUGCUCAGUGUGUGAAGGUGACAGUGACUGCUGAGGUCCAGGCUGGAAACCUGAGCCUCCUGCCACAGAGCCAGUCAAUGCCUGCCCAGGCUGUGUGGGGAGUCAGGCCAGUGCCGGAGCCCCUCCUGCACACGGGUUCUCACAGGUGUGUCCCAGGCAGGCCCACACGGCUCAGCGUCAGUCUAUUUAUCAGAGGUGUACAUAAUCCACACAUAGUUUUUCUCCUUUUAGAUUAUUUUGUAUUUGUUUAAAAAAAGAUUUGUCAAAAUACAAAGAAAUGACUGAAACUUGUUGACAGGGUUUUUAAAAAAUAUUAUUAUUAUUAUUAUUAUUGUUGUUGUUGUUUCGUUUUUGCCUUGUAAACUAGCUCCAAGGAACUGCAGCAAAUAAACUCCAAAUCUGCCCAAACCA